AUGAGGAUGCUGUUCAGUUGCUUCGUGGGGUCGGAGCCGCCGGCGGCGGCCGGAAGCGAGAGCGGGGACGAGAGACAGCAGCAGAAGAAGAAGGCGGCGCGGCGGAUGCGGAGCGCGACGGCGCGGCUGCGGUCGCUGUCGCUGGACGACCUGUCGCGGACGCUGGCGUCCUCGGGCCUGCACGCCUUCACGCAGGCGGAGCUGAGGGUCGCCACGCGGGGCCUCUCCAGCAGCAACUUCAUCGGCGAGGGCGGGUUCGGCCCCGUCUACAAGGGCUUCCUCGACGGGCGGCUCCGGCCCGGGGAGAUCCAGCCGCAGCACGUCGCCGUCAAGUACCUCGACGCCGACGGGCCGCAGGGCCACCGCGAGUGGCUGGCGGAGGUGGUGUACCUGGGGAUGUUGAGGCAUCCGCAUCUGGUGAAGCUCAUCGGGUACGGCUGCCAGGACGAGCAGAGGAUGCUCGUGUACGAGUACAUGGCCAGAGGCAGCCUCGAGCACCACCUCUUCAAGAAUCUGCUGUCGACCUUGCCGUGGUGCACGCGGCUGAAGAUCGCGGUGGGCGCCGCUAAGGGGCUGGCGUUCCUGCACGAGGCCGACACGCCCGUCAUCUACCGCGAUUUCAAGGCCUCCAACAUCCUGCUCGACUCCGAUUACACGGCAAAGCUCUCAGACUUUGGCCUGGCCAAGGAGGGCCCACAGGGCGACGACACCCACGUAACCACCCGUGUCAUGGGGACACACGGCUACGCCGCGCCGGAGUACAUUCUCACCGGGCACCUGACGGCGAAGAGCGACGUGUACAGCUUCGGCGUGGUGCUCCUGGAGCUGCUGUCGGGGCGGCGCAGCGUGGACAAGCGGCGGCGCGGGCGGGAGCAGCACCUGGUGGACUGGGCGCGCCCGUACCUGCGCCACCCGGAGCGGCUGCACCGGGUGAUGGACCCCAGCCUGGACGGCCACUACUCCGCAAAGGCCGCGCACAAGGCCGCCAUGGUCGCCUACCACUGCCUCCACAGCGUGCCCAAGUCCCGCCCCACCAUGCGCGACGUCGUCGACGCGCUCGAGCCGCCGCUCGCCGUGUGCAGCGACGUGCCCGCGGGACCCUUCGUGUACACGGUCCCGCCCGAGCCCGAGUCCGACGACAACAGCAAGGCCGCCGACGAGGUGGCGGCGGCGGCGGCGGCGGACGGCGCCGCGGCGGCCGCUGCCAGUGCCAGGCAGAAGUGCCUCGCGUCGGCCGUGCACGCCGAGGGCGAGCUGCGGACGGCGGCCAACCAACGGUACGCGAGCUCCGUGGCGGAGCACGGGAGCUCCUCGCCCAAGCAGAGCAGGGACAGGGGAGCCUAG